GAUUAAAAUGAUUUCAUUUAAAAAAAUAUUUUCCUAAUCCCCAUAGGACGCGGGAUGCGAGUUGUGGUAAAAAUGGAUUUUGCCUAUUUAAAAAAUUAAAAAAAAAAAAAAAAAUUUCUAACAAACUACGCUCAAAAAACACUCCCCCGUUAGCUAAUAAUCUUUAGCGCCAACAGUAGUCAGUUAAGUUACAGUUUUUACAAUAUACUACAAAUCUCUAGCCCGCGUUUUUCUUUUUCUUUCUCAAAAACACGCGCGCGCACACAAACACUAUUUUCCCACCGACCUUACCCUCCUCCCCAUCUGCUCAGUCUCAAGUCUCAACCUCGCAGUCUCUGCUGCCACCACCACCCUCACGCGAAGUCCCCAUCGUCGUACGGGCCACGUCUCUCACCAGCCACCAUUGCGCCACCCACCCACCAACAACCACUGUAGAAACUCAGGUGGUCUCCUUGAUUCUCAACCGGACUGACAUGGUCAAGGCUCUUGUUGACCAUUCAUAGCAAAGCUUCUUUUUAGCUAUUUACCAAUUUUACUCCCUUCUCCAUUACCCUUUGUUUAGUUUGGUUUCAGUUUCCUUGCUCUUCAUUUUAUUCACAUCGAAUCGAAUUUUUGGACUUAAUAUUAUAGCUAACAAAAUUGAGCGAGUCCUAUUGCUAGUGGGUUUCUUGUUGUUUAAACAUGGGUGGCCUUAUGUGCCAUCCAUGACUUGAUUAGGCUCAAGGACCUUGGCGGCAAAAAAAAAAUAAAAGAAGUUCACAGGGAUUGCUUGUGCAAGUGGCUGAACUCUGAAGGAGCUAUGACGCUCAGGUUGAUAGGUGAGAAAGGAAGCCAUGUGUUUAACCAGAAUCUGAAGAUUACCCAAUUGGGUAAGUCGGGUCGGAUUGAAGAAGCCAUUAAACUUUUUUCACUAAUGAAACUAAAGAAUACUGUAAGCUACAACUCCAUGAUCUCGGCUUAUAUGAAGAACGGUAGACUAGGUGAAGCACGUCGGCUGUUUGAUGAAAUGCCUUACCCAAACUUGGUUUCUUGGAACUCUGUGAUUGCUGGUUAUCUGCACAAUGACAAGGUUGAGGAAGCUUCUCAACUUUUUGAUAAAAUGCCUAAAAGAGACCGCUUUUCCUGGUCUUUAAUGAUCACUUACUUUUUGCGAAAUGGGGAGCUUGAAAAGGCUAGAAAGCUAUUUGAUUUGCUUACUGAUAAGCGAGACAGUGUUUGUUGGAAUGCAAUGAUUUCUGGUUAUGCAAAGAAGGGGCGCUUUGAUGAUGCCAAGAAAUUGUUUGAUAAGAUGCCAGUCAAGGAUUUAGUUUCAUGGAAUUCAAUGCUAGCAGGUUAUACUCAAAAUGGGGAAAUGCGUUUGGGGUUGCAGUUUUUUGAAGAAAUGGACGAGAGGAAUGUGGUUUCUUGGAAUAUGAUGGUGGACGGGUUUGUUGAGGUUGGUGAUUUGGAUUCUGCUUGGCAUUUCUUUGAAAAGAUUCCGAACCCAAAUGUUGUUUCGUGGGUUACUAUGUUAUCUGGGUUUGCACGAAAUGGUGAGAUUGUUAAGGCUAGGACACUUUUUGAUCAGAUGCCAAGUAGAAAUGUGGUUUCUUGGAAUGCAAUGAUUGCAGCAUAUGUUCAGAACUGUCAAAUUGAUGAGGCUAAGAGGCUAUUUAUGGAAAUGCCUGAGAGGGAUUCUGUAUCAUGGACUACAAUGAUUAAUGGGUUUGUUCGGGUUGGUAAGAUUGAUGAAGCACGUGAAUAUCUUAACCGCAUGCCUUACAAAAAUACUGUGGCCCAAACAGCAAUGAUCUCUGGAUAUGUACAAAGCAAAAGGAUGGAUGAAGCUAGUCAACUAUUUUGUCAGAUUGCCACCCAUGAUAUUGUUUGUUGGAACACAAUGAUUUCAGGUUAUGCUCAGUGUGGGAGAAUGGACAAUGCUCACUGUAUAUUUAGACAAAUGGUCAAUAGGGACAUGGUUUCAUGGAAUACUAUGAUUGUUGGUUAUGCUCAAGUGGGACAGAUGGAUAAAGCAAUUAAAAUAUUUGAGGAGAUGGGUCAAAGGAAUACAGUUUCAUGGAAUUCUCUAAUUACAGGUUUUAUGCAAAAUGGGCUAUAUUUGGAUGCACUGAAGAGUUUCAUGUUGAUGGGGCAGGAAGGAAAGAAACCUGAUCAGUCAACUUUUGCAUGUGGACUAAGUGCAUGUGCCAAUCUUGCAGCUUUGCAAGUUGGGAAGCAAAUUCACCAUCUGGUUGUAAAAAGUGGCUAUGUGAAUGAUUUAUAUGUUAGCAAUGCUCUGAUCAUCAUGUAUGCUAAAAGUGGGAGGGUCUUUGAUGCUGAACUUGUGUUCAAAGAUAUCGAUAAUGUUGAUGUUGUAUCUUGGAAUUCUUUGAUUGCUGGGUUUGCUUUAAAUGGGUACGGCAAAGAAGCUGUAAAGCUCUUUGAAGAGAUGCUUGUUGAUGGGGUAGCUCCUGAUCCAGUCACCUUUGUUGGAGUAUUGUCUGCAUGUAGUCAUGCUGGCCUAGUUGAUCAUGGUUUAGAAUUGUUUAAAAGCAUGUCUGAAGUAUACAGUGUUGAACCUUUGGCUGAGCACUAUGCUUGUGUGGUUGACUUGCUUGGCCGAGCGGGGAGGUUAGAAGAAGCCUUCAACAUGGUGAGGGGAAUGAAGAUCAAAGCGAAUGCUGGAAUAUGGGGUGCAUUGCUUGGAGCUUCCCGGGUACACCGGAAUCUAAAACUUGGUAGACAUGCAGCUGAGAAGCUUUUAGAACUUGAACCCCAUAAAACUUCAAAUUAUGUGCUCUUGUCAAAUAUGCAUGCUGAGUCUGCUAGUUGGGAGGAGGUUGAGAGAGUUAGGGUACUGAUGAAAAAGAGUAGAGUGGAGAAGCAACCAGGCUGCAGCUGGAUAGAACUCAGAAAUGAGAUUCAUGCUUUUCUCUCUGAUAGUCCUGCGCAUCCUAGAGCAUCAGAGAUAUGCAAAACAUUAAAGGCUUUAACUGCACAAAUCAGAAACCCAGAGAGGAAAGGGAAAAAAGAGAAGAGGGUGGAGGUGAUGAAGACAUAGGCGUCAUGGUCGGUAGAGGUUGGUGGUGGCAUUCCUCAAAGUCAUGAAAGCUUGUUAAUGUGAGGGACGUCUAAUGGGGUGGCAAGGCGAACAUAGGCUUAUCAUCAAGACGCUCCCACGCCACUGCCACACACAUCCUCCCCUUGACAACUACACCCUUGCCCUCCACAUGGCUCUUAUGUUCUUCAACGCUCAAAGAUGAAGCUUGCACGACCAUAUAUGGCCAAUUUUGUUACAACAUUGAGAAACAAAGAUCUUGACAUGAAAAUCUUUGGUCAAAUGUGUAAGUCUAAGGGCAAUAACUUGAAGAACAAGUAUUGAAUGUGUAAAAGGUUAUGAAGUCAAUGACCUAUUAAUGGUGGAAGCCAUAUUUUAUGAGUGCCCAAGAUGACAAAGAGACAUUGCAGGCAUUGUGUUUUUGGAGUUAGAUUGAAAGAACCCCUAGUCGGGAAGUGUAUUUUGACCGAAGAUCUUUUGAUGUAUAUAUAUAUUUUAA